CGAUAGAGGGAGGAGCCUGGCAUUUCUGGAAGUCGGAGCAGCAGCCAGUCAAAGCCAGCCAGCAUCUGAGCCAGCGUAAGAACCGGAGCGACGGUGGACGAAGGGAAUACGGUCAAGAAAAAAAAAACCCACAAGAAUCCCCAAAGCGCAGGCGGUGUGUGUGCGCGGAGCGGCGGCGGACAUGUACGCGGAGGUCUUCCAGUGGGGAUCGGGGAGCUGAAGCGCACUGCAGCCCCGGUCGGCGCUCCGUUUUUUCGGUGGGAUAAGCCAUCUGUGAUACGCUGGGUGUGCACGGCGCAAUAACGGGAGCGAGCCAGCCGGUGAUUCCGUCGACAGCUAGCUCGCAUUAUCCGCCGCUAGCCGACCGUUUUUUUUUUCCUCCGUUAGCUUUGCGGAGACGGAGCCAGCAUCUCUCCUCCGUGGAUGCUGCUGAGGGACAUCCGCCAGCCGGGAGCCGAGCCGAGCCGAGCCGAGGCAUGCGAGCAGGAGUGUUUUCCUGCACGGCAGCGGGGAGAUCUCCACGCCCUGGGGUCCGCGGCGCGGCUCCUCUCUAGCUAGCUCCGCGGCUAGCAGCCUCCCAGCAGAGGAGCGGAAGGUGGGGCCGCGGAGUGACGGCCAGCUAAUGUGGCUAGCCGGCUAACUGACAUCCGUGCUGGUCGUAUUAGCGAAGGAGCGUGUUGUUGUGUGACACGACAGAAAACCCCCCCUCCACCCCCCCACCCCCCCGAUCCCCGCGAAAACACGCCGUCAUUGAUCCCUGUGAAGCCGUGUGGGUGGGACGCCUCGAGGAGAGCAUCCUCGGUUACCUGAAUGACCAUGGCGGACGACGACGUGCUGUUCGAGGAUGUCUACGAGCUGUGCGAGGUGAUUGGCAAGGGUCCCUUCAGCGUGGUGCGGCGCUGCAUCAACAGGGACACCGGGCAGCAGUUCGCGGUGAAGAUCGUGGACGUCGCCAGCUUCACCUCCAGCCCCGGACUCAGCACGGAAGAUCUGAAGCGAGAGGCCAGCAUCUGCCACAUGCUGAAGCACCCGCACAUCGUGGAGCUGCUGGAGACCUACAGCUCCGACGGGAUGCUCUACAUGGUCUUCGAAUUCAUGGACGGGGCGGACCUGUGCUUCGAGAUCGUGAAGCGAGCGGACGCCGGGUUCGUGUACAGCGAGGCCGUGGCCAGCCACUACAUGAGGCAGAUCCUGGAGGCGCUGCGGUACUGCCACGACAACAACGUGAUUCACCGCGACGUGAAGCCUCACUGCGUGCUGCUGGCCUCCAAGGAGAACUCUGCCCCGGUGAAGCUGGGGGGCUUCGGAGUGGCGAUCCAGCUGGGGGAGUCCGGUCUGGUGGCUGGAGGCCGGGUGGGCACCCCCCACUUCAUGGCCCCCGAGGUGGUGAAGAGGGAGCCGUACGGCAAGCCGGUGGACGUGUGGGGCUGCGGGGUCAUCCUCUUCAUCCUGCUGUCCGGCUGCCUGCCCUUCUACGGCACCAAGGAGCGCCUGUUCGAAGCCAUCAUCAAGGGGAAAUACAAGAUGAACCCGCGGCAGUGGGCCCACAUCUCCGAGAGCGCCAAGGACCUGGUCAGACGCAUGCUGAUGCUGGACCCGGCCGAGAGGAUCACCGUGUACGAGGCCCUCAACCACCCCUGGCUGAAGGAGAGGGACAGGUACGCCUACAAGAUCCACCUGCCCGAAACGGUGGAGCAGCUGAGGAAAUUCAACGCCAGGAGGAAGCUGAAGGGUGCAGUGCUGGCUGCCGUCUCCAGCCACAAGUUCAACUCCUACUACGGCGACCCCCCCGAGGAGCUGCACGACUUCUCCGACGACCCCACCUCCUCAGGACUGCUAGCUGCUGAAACAGGGGCAGUGUCGCAGGUCCUGGACAGCCUGGAGGAGAUCCACGCCUUGACGGACUGCAGCGAGAAGGACAUGGACUUCCUGCACAGCGUCUUCCAGGACCAGCACCUCCACACCCUCCUGGACCUUUAUGACAAAAUCAACACCCGGUCGUCUCCUCAGAUCAGGAAUCCCCCGAGCGACGGCGUGCAGCGAGCCAAAGAGGUGCUGGAAACCAUCUCCUGCUACCCGGAGAACAUGGAGGCCAAGGAGCUGCGGAGGAUCCUGACGCAGCCUCACUUCAUGGCCCUGCUGCAGACCCACGAUGUGGUGGCCCACGAGGUGUACAGCGACGAGGCGCUGAGGGUCACGCCGCCGCCCACCUCGCCGUACCUGAACGGAGACUCGCCCGACAGCGCCAACGGAGACAUGGACCUGGAGAACGUGACCCGGGUCCGCCUGGUCCAGUUCCAGAAGAACACCGACGAGCCCAUGGGCAUCACUCUGAAGAUGAACGACCUGAACCACUGCAUCGUGGCGCGGAUCAUGCACGGCGGGAUGAUCCACCGGCAAGGGACGCUGCACGUGGGAGAUGAAAUCCGGGAGAUCAACGGCAUCAGCGUGGCCAAUCAGACGGUGGAGCAGCUGCAGAAGAUGCUGAGGGAGAUGAGGGGCAGCAUCACCUUCAAGAUCGUCCCCAGUUACCGGUCCCAGUCCAUGUCCUGCGAGAAAGAGUCUCCGGAUUUGUCCCGGCAGUCGCCCGCCAACGGCCACGCCAGCGUGACCAGCUCCAUCCUGGAUCUGCCGUCCACCAUCCAGCCCAAAGGCCGCCAGAUCUCCAGACCUGCUCUCAAGGACAAAUUGUCCAUCAAGAUCUACGUGCGCGCUCAGUUCGAGUACGACCCGUCGAAGGACGACCUCAUCCCCUGCAAGGAGGCGGGGAUCCGCUUCCGGGUGGGCGACAUCAUCCAGAUCAUCUCCAAGGACGACCACAACUGGUGGCAGGGCAAGCUGGAGAACACCAAGAACGGCACGGCGGGCCUCAUCCCGUCGCCCGAGCUGCAGGAGUGGCGGGUGGCGUGCAUCGCCAUGGAAAAGACCAAACAGGAGCAGCAGGCCAGCUGCACCUGGUUUGGCAAGAAGAAGAAGCAGUACAAGGACAAAUACCUGGCCAAGCACAACGCAGUGUUCGACCAACUAGACCUGGUGACGUACGAGGAGGUGGUCAAGCUGCCGUCCUUCAAGAGGAAAACGCUGGUGCUGCUGGGAGCUCACGGUGUAGGAAGGAGGCACAUCAAGAACACGCUCAUCACCAAACACCCCGACCGCUUCGCCUACCCCAUCCCCCACACGACUCGGCCCCCGAAGAAGGACGAGGAGAACGGGAAGAACUACUACUUCGUGUCCCACGACCAGAUGAUGCAGGACAUCAGCAACAACGACUACCUGGAGUACGGCAGCCACGAGGACGCCAUGUACGGCACGCGGCUGGAGACCAUCCGGCAGAUCCACGCCCAGGGCAUGAUCUCCAUCCUGGACGUGGAGCCACAGGCUCUGAAGAUCCUCAGGACGGCAGAGUUCGCUCCUUAUGUCGUCUUCAUCGCGGCUCCCACCAUCACCCCCGGCAUGACCGAGGACGACUCCCUCCAGCGGCUCCAGAAGGAGUCGGAGAUGCUGCAGCGGACCUACGCCCACUACUUCGACCAGACCAUCAUCAACAACGAGAUCGACGACACCAUCCGGCUGCUGGAGGAGGCGGUGGACCUGGUGUCCAGCAGCGCCCAGUGGGUCCCGGUGUCCUGGGUCUACUGACCCCCCCAGCCUGAGCCCGGGCCGUGACCCCCCGCCCCCGCCCCGGGCCGUGACCCCCCGCCCCCGCCCGCUGGAGUCACUCUUCCUGUAGAUACCUGGUGGGAAAAGAGGGAAAUGAAGAAUUGACUCAGCGCAGCAUCAUGCCCCCCUGGCCCCGCCCCCUGGCCCCGCCCCUCAUGGCUCUGGCCCCGCCCCUCAUGGCUCCGCCCCCUCGCCUUUUUCUUUUGGUUUUUCUUUUCUCAGCAGCCUCAAAGGCACGUUGUUGUGUACAUAUAUACAUAUAUAUAUAAAUGAUAAAAAGCUAAGUGAAUCUGGUUCUGUCCUCAUGUAGUUGACGGGCGGGGCUGGGGGGGCGGGGUUUGGGUGGGGCUGGGGGCGGGGCUUGGGGGCGGGGCGGUCUCAUAGAUAUUUUGUACUUUUCUUUUGUAACGGACGGACAGACGGAGGAGGAAAGGCAAUAGCGAGCAUGACCAUAAAGCAGUCUGUGUGUGUGUGUGUGAGCGUGUGUGUGUGUGUGUGUCGGUACUUCUUAUGGUACUUAGCGGCGUCCUGCCCGUCAUUACCCCCCCUCCCCCCCCCCCCCCCCUCUCCCCCCGACACAAACAGGCUGAAGCACAUCAGAAGCUGCUAAAGCGACGGUUCCAGCUGGAAAAUGAAGCACAGGAAACUUGGCAGUUUCACCCCCCCCCCCCCACCCCCCCACGGCGCCUUUCAAUUUGUUGAAUGAGCACACUGCCCCCCCCCUCCCCCAGUCGCUGUAGCCCCCCUCCUCCCUCCUCGAUGGUCUUUGUUUACAUCUCAGUUUGCACAAAAAAUGGACGAUGAAGAAACAUGUCAGUGCGCCCUCGGUCUCCAUCACGUUCCCCUCCCCAGCCCCAGCCCGCCCCCCCAGCCCCCCAGCCCCCCAGCCCCCGCCAAACGGCUCCUGGACGCGCCGCAAGCCACAAGCCGCCGGAUGGCCCACACCUAUGCACCAUCUUCUCCGGGUGAAAAGCAAGGCGUCCGAGGGGAACGAAGAGGGAAUGGAACCCUCGAGCCACCGUCUCUUUGGAACUGUUAACUGUUGUCUUCAAAAAAACUAAAUAUAUAUAUAUAUAUAUAUACAUAUGUAUGUGUAUAUAUAUAUGAGGAGUAUUCUUGUUUUCUGGGGGGAGGGGAGAGAAAAUAACAGACUUUUUGUGUGUAAAUGUUUCAAUGGUGCGUUCGUCAUACGAGUGAACUAAGAGCCAGUGUAUAUUAACCUGAAGAGAAAACAAAAGAAGCUCAGUAUGUGACCUAACCUCUCGAUGCUUCGCCGGGAGCGGCGCAGCGCCCCCCCCCCGCCCGAUCAGAGGACAGAAUAAAUAAUAAAUAAAUAAUGCGAGGCGGAGCAGAGGGCGUGGCGGCCGGGCGGAGCGGCUGCCCCGCUCCCAGCGAAGCCCUUUCAUUUCAGUCCUGUGUAAAUUACCUCUGCAAACGACUAAAGCAGCUCUUCUGUAUGAAAUGUUGUUCUGUUUCUUUUUGUUAUUUCAUUUUUAAAAAAAAAUAUAUUUCCUUUUACGUGUU